GCAGGCGUGGCUAGCGAAGUUAGCUUGACCAAAACAAGAAGGCCCGCGAGCACGAGCUUAGGAGUAAGUCGAGAAAAACUGCGUGACGAAAGCUAAUGGAGGUACAAAGUCGAGUCUGAAACAGACAGCAAGCAGGUUUGCUGCUCGGCUCUCGCAGAUGGACUCUGACAGCAAAACCAAGAUGACCUGCCAUGACACCGAAAAAACAGCACCGGGUCCAGGUUGCAGCCGGUUGGUGGCAGUGGCUGCUGCGGCGGCGUCCUUGAGCGGGCUUAUGCUAGGCUACGAGAUGGGCCUGACGUCUAGCGUGCUCCUUCAACUACGCGGCGUUCUGACGCUUUCGUGCCGCCAACAGGAGCUGCUGGUCAGCUCUCCGUUGGUGGGCGCUCUGCUCAUCUGCCUAGCCGGCGGUCCUGUCCUGGACCGCUACGGGCGCCGGCGCUCCCUGCUACUAAGCGCCGCCCUAGUGGUGGCGGGCACCAUCCCGCUAGUGGCGCCUGCUUCGCUAGCGGCACUAGUGUCGGGCCGCAUCGUGGUCGGAAUGGGCACGUCACUUUCUGGCACGGCGGCGUGCCUGUACAUCGCGGAGAUCUCGCCGCGGGAGAGGCGGGGCUUGCUAGUGACGCUCUAUGAGCUGAUGCUAGUGUUGGGUGUGAUGUUGGGGUUCGGGUGUAGCUACGCUUUCGCCACGCUCCCCGAAGGCUGGGCGUACACAUUCGGACUGGUGAUCCCGCCGGCGCUGCUUCAAAUCGGCGCGAUGGCCUUCCUCCCGUCCAGUCCGAGGUUUCUAGUAGCGCGGGGCGAGUCGGAACGCGCCAGAGAGGUUCUGGCGCGCCUGAGGGUUUGCGCCGGGGAUGACGUGGAAGGAGAACUGCGGGAAAUUCAGAUGGCGUUGAAGGAGGAGUCGGAACACGGAUUCGCAGAGCUCUUUAGCAAAGCGUCAAAUCUAAGAUCACGACUCCUGACUGGCGUGGCGCUAGCGUUUCUCCAGCAAGCCACGGGGCAGCCCAACAUCUUGUCGUACGCGUCGCCCCUGCUACGCGGCGUAGGCUUCCACAGCGACGCCGCUGCCGCCCUGGCGUCCACCGGCUUCGGCGUGGUCAAAGUGGUGGGCACCAUCCCGGCCGUGCUUUUGGUGGACCGCGUGGGGCCCAAGAGCUUCCUGUGCGCCGGCGCGGUCGCCAUGAUGAUGUCCCUAGCGGCACUGGGUGCGCUGACGCUGCAGAGUCACACCGAACUUUCCAGCCUGUGCGUCAGCCAGCCGCCACCCAACGACACCGUCUUCGCGUGGGAUCGGAACUGGACUGACACCCCGACGCUCGUCACCCCCGUAUGGGUUACGGACAAUCAAGAGUCGGUGUUGAGCGGGGUCUUGGACGGAGGAUCUUCCUCGCUGAAGUGGGCGUCGCUCAUCAGUUUACUGGUGUUUGUCGCCGCCUUCUCCAUCGGAUUGGGGCCAAUGGUGUACGUGGUCCUCAGCGAGAUCUUCCCCACAAGCAUCCGAGGGCGAGCAGUGUCAGUGGUGUCGGCUGUCAACUGGGCUACCAACCUGCUCAUCUCAAUGACCUUCCUCACCAUGACAGAGAGAAUUGGCGUCCCCAACAUGAUGUUCCUGUACGCCGCCAUGAGCUUCAUCCUGCUGGUUUUCGUCAUCCUCUGCGUGCCUGACACGCGAGGACGCACGCUGGAGGAAAUCUCUAAAGAACUAGCUAAAAAGAAGCACUUUCAAUUCAGCUUGUGCAAGAAAGUCCCGAAAAACAAAGAGAUGCCUUCAAACAUCUUGUGACGACUACAAGAAAAACGGGAAUAUUUACCAUUCAAGUUGCUGUAAAGGGGAUGUUUGUGUUAUUUUCACACUACAGAUAAGUGAUAACAACCUUUACAAAUGUGAAUGAUCCCAAAAAAAAGUAUAUCAAGAUAAUGAAAAAUGUGCUGUUUUAUCACCGGUAAAUUUGCAAAAACAAAAUGGUGGACAACACGCGCCGCUAUUUUAACAGCGCUAUUAGAAAUCUCCAAAUUCACGUUACAUGGUUUGUCAUGUCGGGGUGACAACAUCUGGGCACCUAACGAUACGAUACAAGGCUCACGCUAAUCUCACAAUAUGGUGAUACAACAAUUAUCGAUACACAUGUGAGGAAGUCAUUCAACAAAUCAACUAAUACACAGAAAAACAAAAUAUUUUUGUCAUUCUGGUAUGAGUUUAUCACUAAUACAGUGCUGGCCAAAAGUAUUUGCACCCCUGCAAUUCUGUCAGAUAAUGCUCAACUUCUCCCAGAAAAUGAUUGCAAUUACAAAUGCUUUGGUAGUAAUAUCUUCAUUUAUUUUGCUUGCAAUGACAAAACACAAAAGAGAAUGGAAAAAAAACCCAAAUCAUUAUCAUUAUACGCAAAACUCCAAAAAUGGGCCGGACAAAAGUAUUCACCCUUUGAAAAAUCAUGUGAUGCUUCUCUAAUUUGUGUCAUUAACAGCACCUGUUACUUACACGUGUCACAUAACAGGUGGUUGCA